AUGCCCCGCUGUCACCAGCCAGUGCCUGAGUCAGGCUUCCUUCCUCAGGCCGGACUGACAGAAUGCUGCAAAGCGUUCGAGUUGGAUAUGCUCGUUAUGAGUCCCGAACAGGAGCGCGUGCGCGUGCCCGCUGCGAUUGGACAGCUCGUGCGAGACUUUAUGACACCUAUCAACCCUCCUAAUGCUGUGUUCCGGGGAUUAGAAGAACGAAAGCUUGAUUACUUGCCGUUGACGAAGGACACGGUCUCUCGUAAGACUCAUAUCGCAACCGUGGCCCGAUUUUUGGCGGAGUCCAAGGCUCGAAAUUGCCGAUCCAAUCGGUCAGAGUUUCUGCGACAAACGAGCGUAACUGCGCUCCAAUCCGCUAGUGGUGACGACGAGAUGGAAAGCACGAGGAACCCGCCUACGGGAACCGCCUCUGGUUCAGCAGCGCGCACGGCAGCCAAACCGAUCGACCGUGAUAUCCAGAUGCAGUAUGAUAUUGUGAAGAAUGCCGAAGGGCCAUUGCGAAGAACUACAGCUAAGGGAAAGGAGAAGGAAGAACAUCCAAUUGGGCAAGGGACCGGGGGUCGGUUGGUCAAGAACGAGUCGGAAACGAAGAAGACAACUUUUUCUGAUCGUCCUGGCUUGGAAGAACGAUUUGCUAACCUGGAAGAGCAUCUUGCAGUUCGAUAUGUUCCGGCUGCACCAGAGGAUCUGUACUAUCGAGUGAAGGCCUUAGAAGACUAUGUCGUCAAAUUAGAAAAGGGCUAUCCUCCUUGGUCUGCUCUUCAUUUCAACCAACCUCAAAGAGCUGUCAUGGCCACCGGCUCCACAUGCUACACCGAUUAUUAUACCUGCACACUUGACCGCUUUGGAGAAGGAUCAAUCGACUCCCGCUAUGACAAACGUGUCACAGCAACAUCCUGA